AUGACUUGUCAUAAGAAUGCUUUGUUGCUUUUCCAGUUCAUUUCUCCGAAAGUCAGUGAAUUCUUUCAUUAACCACAGCCUGCGCCGCCCCGUCGAUAUGCUGUGUUUACCAAAUACAGCGGCGAAGUUCCCCUGACAUUGCUUCACUACACGUUGUCUCCUGCUGGUCGAAACAAUGCCUCUCUCCCUUGCCGUCGACCACUAUGCCUAUCCAUGGUCUACCUGAUUAUGCUGUCGGAAGUCAUGUCGUGGAAUACGGCCUACCAUGGCAAGGACCUGCUCCUGUCGAUGCUCCGUCACUUCUGGAGACCGCGACAGAUGGAACAAUGAUAAGGACAGAAAGUGACGAUGCGCCCUCGCAAAGUAGUGCACACCGCCGCAGGCGUCUGAAGAGGCUCGUGCGAGGAUUAACUAGAAUGUUUGGAUCGCGUGCUUCUCAGCAUUACACAGAGUCUAAUAAUGACAAAAUGGAUGAAUCUCCGCCUCGGCGCUUGAUUCGGCCAGAGGAAUGGAGAGCAUACGGCUACUGGGCUCGCCCGUACAUACGUGGUGUAGGGAUAGUUCGCAACUCGACGCCUUCUUCUACAUCGGACGAUGUAGAUCCUGAUGAUGCAUUUGGUGACCUCUGGGGUCCUCGUGGUUCCCCUCAUCCGGAACGCUGGAGACCCAUCCGGGGGCAUCCAACGUUACCUCCCCGCCCGGAUGGGUUUGAAACUCCCAGACCUGGUUCCCCCGUCCCUCCACCAAGGGAUCUCCAAUUAAACCCGUACCUCCGACAUCGUCUUGUGGGCAUGCCCACUAUCAUCUUCGACAUAUCCAUGGAGCCCACCGCCAUCACCUUUUCCGAGACACAAAACCUGAUACCGCUGAUGCCGGGCGACCUCGCGCAGCCAGCGACGUUCCCCCUUGUCACGAAGUUAGUCAUAGCAGCUGUGGCAGAUGAUGCGGCCAGCUCAUGGCCGUGGCCGAUUCGUAUUUACAACCCGAGAGGCGUCAAAGUCGAGGACGUCUUCGACUGCAUUUACGAGAAUUUCCAGCAGUUCCUUACGCGGGACGAGUAUUAUGGCCUUACGGAGAAAAAGCGAGACCUUGUGACGCAGGCCUUGCGAGAACGGUGCAAACCUGCGUCCGAUAAUCCGUACGCGCCGGAGUAUACGGACGAAGGGGUGAGGCGGUACGACUACAUGGUGGGCAGGACUUUGUUUCGAGGGUUGGAACCCCACCCGUAUGAUGAUGCGGCGUGGAUUCUGUUCGUUGGUUCUCAUUAA